UGUUUUAUUGUGAGCGCAAAUUUAGUGCUUAGUGGACAGUUGAACUUGUAACUUGUGAACAGGUUAUAAAAUAAUAUGUUUAGUGCACUGUUUACUUAAGAAAUUGUAUCAUAAUUGAUCGUUAUCUGUUUAUGGUUUGAGAUAAUUUGAUUGGAACAAUUUGUUUUCUACGAGAUGGACUAAAUUUAAAUACUAAAUGAUGUACAUUUUGUAUGUUUUCCUGUUGGUCGGAGCUGUGAGCGGACAGACUAAAGAGGGUGAUUCCUGCGUAGACCAAUACACGAACACAGUCGGAAUAUGCACUAACGCUGAGAAAUGCAGAUCCGCUAAAGAGGAUUUCCAAAAAAACGGCAUAAACCCAACAUUUUGCAAAUACAGCUCAUUUGGGGUCACGAUAGUUUGUUGUCGAGACACCACCAACAUAUUGCAAACAGCGCCGCCUGCAAGAGACGAUGGACCACCAAUUUGGGGUAAUGCGAACAGCAAUGGACCUGAUAACAGAAGAGUUAGCGAAAGAAAGUGCGAGCAGUACAGCCGAGGUGUGACAGAGAGAGUUGACUUUAUACCAUUGCUUCCUAACCCUGAGACUAUGUCUAUAUCAUCGGCAAAAUGCGACUACGCCGGCGUAGAACUAAUCGUCGGUGGAGAGAAUGCCAACCAGGGAGAGUUCCCACAUAUGGCGGCCAUAGGAUUCACGAACUUCGAGAACGGCUACUCCUUCAGCUGUGGUGGCAGUCUCAUCAGCCCCAAGUUCGUGCUGACUGCGGGCCACUGCACCAGGGACCCCAACGCCAGAGACCCGGAGCCGGUCAUCGUGAGACUCGGAGACCAGAACAUAGACCCGACUGUCAGCGACGGCGCCAACCCUGUUGAAGUCGCGAUUCGUAAAAUCCACAAACACCCUCAAUACAAACCUCCUUCGAGAUACAACGACAUUGCCCUUCUAGAGUUGGCCACAGACGUAGAGUUUGAAUCGGCCAUACGUCCCGCUUGUCUAUGGACCCAACGAGGCUUCGGCGGCCAUAAGAAGGCUGUGGCUACCGGCUGGGGGGUAACUGACACAGUCACCAGGCAGACCUCCAAGGAGCUGCAGAAGGUCUCCCUGACCCUGAUGGAGAACAGCGUGUGUGCCCCUCUCCUGGGCGACAUCAGGAAUUGGGAUGGCUUCAGGGACUCCCAGAUGUGUGCUGGAGAACUUAGAGGCGGGAGGGAUACGUGUCAGGGCGACUCCGGCUCACCCCUACAAAUCGCCUCGAAAGACAACCAGUGCAUUUUCUACGUGGUAGGAGUGACGUCGUUUGGAAAGCGAUGCGCGCAGAGCGGCCAACCGGCUAUAUACAGCAGAGUUUCCAGCUUCCUCGACUGGAUUGAGAGCGUCGUCUGGCCUGGGGAAUAGUCUGCGGGCAACAUUCUUUACGUAUUCAAAAUUCAAAUUUUUUUAUUCAUUAUUCAUAGCAACCGUUGUCAUGGCUUGUUAGUUAGGAAAAAAAAUGUCAGAGAUAUUAUUUUUUUAUUCUCAAACUAGCUGUAGGUACCCGCGACUUCGUCCGCGUGGAAUAGUUGUUUUGGGCAUCAUUGAAGCCCUCAAGGAUGAAUAAUAUUCCCCGUUUUUUUUUCACUUUUUCCAUUAUUUCUUUGCUCCUAAUAGUUGCAUAGAUGAAUAUUAGUAAGUACAGAUGAAUAUUGACGGCCUCUGUGGCGCAACGGUAGUACGCUUGUCUGUGACACCGGAGGUCCCGGGUUCGAAUUCGAAUGAUGAGAAAAAGAACUUUUUCUGAUUGGCUUGGGUCUUGGAUGUUUAUCUAUAUAAGAAUUCAUUAUAAAAUAUAGUAUCGUUGAGUUAGUAUCUCGUAACACAAGUCUCGAACUUACUUCGAGGCUAACUCAAUCUGUGUAAUAUGUCAAAAAAAAAAAUAUAUUGAGCAAAGGCGGACUUAUCGCUAAGCAAUCUCUUCCAGCCAACCUUUGGAAUAAAAAUAUGUGUCAUGUGUAUUCGUUUACGAUUUAAGAGAUCUAUAUUCCACACGGACGAAGUCGGGGUAAUGUAUGUUUCUACUACAUAUUAGGUAUGUAUUUUUAUGGGAAAUAAAGAUAAUUCGUAUUUCAUUGUGUUGUAUACUUUUGACUGAUAGGUAGACAUUAAAAAAAUAUAAUUGAAAGCAAAAUUUUGUUUCUAUUUUUAGUCUUUUUUACUCUAUGUACGAUCACACUUAGCACGACAUUUAAAGUUUAUUUCAUCAACAUCGGACCAUUAAAAAAAGUUAUUGCAUGGGCUCAAGUCAUGAGUUUGACAUAAUAUAUAUAUGUGGCGACAUCUCUACGCCACAAGUCACAACAACCAGCGAAUAGUCUAAAUCGCGCAAGCAAAAAUUUCACGGUUACUUUCAAUGUUAUGUAACAUUAUUAACUUUGCUAAUGUGUACAGUAUUGUUAUAUGAUUCAAAUUGAAAUUCAAAAUUUUUAUUCAUUAUUAUAGGAUACUUCAUAUCAAUUAAUAAUUGUCAAAUCUUUUGGUUUCACAACAUUGGUUGACGUCAAAAAAAUUACUUGAAACUAAGUUUACUGCCGCUUCCAAGGCGUCAGUGCAGUUUCAAAGUUGUGAAACAAUGUCGUAUAGUCAAAAAUAAGAACAACAUUGUCACAUAAUCUUUACGCACAUUUGAGACAAUUUUUUGAUGAACGCUAUUGAUAAUCAAAACGCCUACACAAGAUUUAAGAUAGAUUAUUAACUGUAAUGCAAGUCUCUGUAGUAAUGUAGAA